UCGGCAGAGAGGCGAGGGUGGGGGUAGCACUGCUGCAGCCGCUGGAGAGACGUACGCAGCAGUGUGAACCGCGAGCGUAGUCCAGCCAGUCGGUUUGGUCGAGUUCAGUUCGCGGACGGUCUUCCCAGGGCGCAGGCGUCUGCUGCACUUCCUGUUCCUUACGCUGUUAGUACUGGUUGCUGUCUAGUGCUUCAGAGACAUCCUCUCCUCGUCCGUUGCCAUCAAGACCUGCUUUUCAUCCACCCGAUAUACUCUACCCGAGAUCAGGCUGAAUCAUGGCUCAACUACAGAGGUCGUGCCUGCCAAUUGUGGACCAAGGCUGCUGUUGCGAUUUGAAGACUUGCUGCAAGGUGCAGGGCUGGCUCCAAGUAGCUGCUUGUAUUUUGUCAAUUAUCUCCAGCAUCCACGAGUUUGUUUCCGUCCCAGCUUUGUGCCAGGAUGCUGCAGAGAUUGGCAUUGAUUGUUUCAAUGACGAGAGAAUCAAAAUGCGACUCGCCGCUGCUGUUGCCUUUGAGGGGAUCGACGUGGUCAUCCAGGUCAUCUUCUUGCUCACCGCCAUAUUCUUCCUCAUAGGCAUCUCUGAGGGCAAGCCUAACAAGAUGGUGCACUACAUUCGCAUGAUGUGGGUGCAGCUCUGCUGGGGCAUCAUCUUCACUGUCGUCCUUUCUGUUGUGAUCUCACCGCUGUACCUGAUCGUCUUCGUGCUCCUGGGUGUCGACAUCUACUGUCUGAUCUGUGCCAACAGUCUGCACAUCCAGAUGGCGGCAGAUCCAAUGGGCCCGUACAUCCGCCAAACAGCUUAAUGAAGUCAUGAUUUUUCUGGCUGGACAUGGUCUCCGUGUAUUUUCGCUCUGCUUUGUUAUCGUAUUUUCCUGACUAGAGUACACAGGUCGCAUAUUUUCUACAUGCACUUUUGUAUAACUUUCUUUUAUAUUUUUCCGGACCUUGGUUUAGGCCGCACAUUUUCUCCGUGCACUAUCGCACUCUCUUUUUGUUUCGUUUUUGCUGGCCUUACAGGCCGGACAUUUCCUCGUUGCAUUAUUCUCACAUUUUCUUAUUGGUCUGGCCGCUUAGACUGUGGGCCUUAUGAUGGUUAAUUAUGACAAUUUGACAAAAUUGUGUGAAAUAAAUGUUCUCCUGCAUAACUUGUGA